AUGCUUCAGUGCUCUACACCGGCCAAUUGGAUUAUUUGGCUCAAAAUUGUGAGCCACACACUCUGGACAGAAACUCUUCCAGUUCUUGGGGACUGUCUCAAAUCGCGUGGAACGUUACUAGGUGGAUUUUUCCUAUUGAUCUUCUACCGAUUUCAAACUGGAAAUGAGUUUGAUAUGUCUCUAAUUCGUCUAAUUGUUGGCUCAUUUAUGGUUAGCACAAUUUUAUCAAUUUUCGAUGCAUCACUCCUCUCAAAGCCGGUUUUCAAAGCCAAGAAAAACCAAGAGCCAUAUUUGAAGCAUUUGUCACAAAUCGUGCAAAUUUCAUUCGAUCGCAAUAUGCUCCUUCUUCUGCCAUCGUUCGUUUACACCGGAAUAGAAAUGUCCUUCUAUUUCGCUGUGUUUCCCACAAUGGUAUCAUUCACAAAAUCGUUGGGGAACACAAGAGACUUGAAUAUAGUGGCAAUGAUUUUCGUGGGAUUCGGAAAUAUUUGUGGCUGCUUCAUCUUGUCAUUUCUUGGCGCUCGUGUUCGAGAAAUCGGAAGAAAGUAUCUGGUUUUAAUGGCUGCAUGCGUCCAUCUGAUCUCUUUCAUUCUUCUGUUUCUAUCGUUCCCGGAUGAGUCACCACUUCAACCAACUGAAUCUUCCAGUUUUCUUAAAUCCAGAUUUUUCCCAGUUUUUAUUGUUGGAUUGCCUUCUCCUACUUCUCCUCCAUUCCCAAUUUUUCAGCGAAAAAUCUUAAUUCAAUCCCGAGUUACAGACCCUUUUGUACCAGACCUCAAUGUACUGACUUUCUCCUUUUUGUUUUGCGGUGCGCAGAAAAGUGGGCGGGGUUUAGAAGCUUGCAAUCCUGCGGCGCGGAAAAUUCGUGAAGGAAAUCAAAGAAAAAGCUAUUCGACGCGAGUGAGACCCGAACCUCCGCCUUAUUCCGUGGUACUCUGCGGUGUCCUAAUAGGGUUCGGCGAUGCUAUCAUCAAUCAACAAUGCUACACGAUUCUCAACGACAUCUACGACAAAAGUCAACGGGUUGAAGCAUUCGCAGUGUAUAGAUUUUAUCAGAGCUUAGCUGGCAGUAUCGCAAUGCUCUAUUCGGCUCAUGUCUUGUUAAAAGUUCAUGUGACGGUUCUUAUCACAGUGGGUGUUAUUGCUACUGCGACAUUCUUUGGAAUACGAAUUCCAAAACAUCAUUAUCAAGAAGCCGCCAGUUGUGAUGAGACUGAAAAGAAGAAUAUUGAAAUUCUAUAA